CUUCACUGGAGCCAGCUUGGUCGGUUCGUUUACCACCAAAGCGCCCCGCAAAAUCUCGCCGCCGACCGCCAUGGCAGCCGCCGACGAGACGCGUCCGCUGCUCGUUGCUAUAUCUCUCGCCGUAGCCGCCUGCUGCCUCGCGCAGCUGGCGGUGGGGGACACGAACGGCGUCUACGAGCCGUGCAGUGACGCACGGAUCCAGCGCGGGGACGGCUUCACCUUCGGGGUGGUCUUCGCCGGAUACAACGCCUUCUUCUCCGGCAACACACAGCUCUCCCCCUGCGACCGCCGCCUCAACCUCGCUGCCUCCGGGCAGCUCGCCGUCUUCCGCCCCAAGGUCGACGAGAUCUCCCUCCUCACCAUCAACACCACUACCGGAUUCAACCCAGCUUCAGCUGGUGGAUUCAUGGUAGCAUUUGCCGGCAGGAAGUAUGCAGCUAGAUCUAUUCCGAUAUUUGUAUCCAACACCUCAGUCACAGUGUCCAGCUUCACACUGGUACUUGAGUUCAACAAAGGCAGACUCCAAAACUUGCACUGGAAGAAGGACGGCUGUGGCGCUUGCUCCGGCAAGUCGAACUUCGUCUGCCUCGGCAAACAGACAUGCGCCAUCAGGACGCAGAGCUGCAAGAGCCAAGGGCCCGUCGACUGCAGCGUCGGCAUCCAGCUGGCUUUCUCUGGCACGGACAAGCACGAGUCGGUUCUGAACUCGUGGUACGAGGUCUCCAACCUGAGGCAGUACUCCCUCUACGGGCUCUACUCCAACCUCAAGGACACCCUGAGCGGCCAGUUCAACAAGAUCUUCUAGGCUGUUUUGGUGCUGCCAUUGUUUAUUCUCUCCUGCUCCCAUCCCGAUCAUUAUUAAUCCUGUUUUGGUACUUGUAUCCAGAUUCCAGACCAGUUUUAACCCUGUCUCAGCUCAACCGUAUGUACCAUUGCCCGUUGGUGUCGUUUUAGUGCCUAACAAGAUUUAUGAAUUUUGUGAUGAGCUAGCUACUGUCCUGCCGAUGACUAUGUUUGCUUCCAAAGGACACGGCUUAUCGUCGCUGAUAUACCAGGUAUUAUGUUAUAAAUCACAUGGACUGCCUAUUAAGUUCGUUGAAU